AUGAACUUUGAUAGCAUUAAACAAAUUCAACCUCAUGAUGCUAUUGUGACUCGUCGCCUUGACUCAAUCAUAAACUUAUUGUUAUCUCUCACAUCCAAUGUUAAUUACAAUGUUCAAACUCUGGGAGCAAAACCAGAUGGAAAAACUGAUUCCACCAAAGCAUUUUUGAUAGCAUGGACCUCAGCCUGUGCCUCUACGCAGCCAGCCACCAUUCAUGUGCCAUCAGGAAGAUUCUUGCUUGGCGCCACAACUUUUUCCGGCCUAAAAUGCAAAAGCCGGGCUAUAACGCUACGCAUUGAUGGCACUCUUGUAGCUCCAUCUAAUUAUAACACGAUCGGAAAUUCUGGUACCUGGAUGAAGUUCAAAAGAGUCACCGGAGUUUCUGUCAUUGGUGGAACCCUAGAUGGCCAAGGGGCUAAUUUGUGGGCUUGCAAGAAUUCUGGUAGGAGUUGUCCAAAAGGAUCGACGGUAUGUUAA